AUGAACGCUCCAGAUAGAUUUGAACUAUUCCUGCUGCCUGAGGGAGAGGCGAAGUUGAAGGUUGAUCCAGAUACCAAGGCGCCAAACGCAGUGAUUGUAACGUUUGAAAAAGAGGACCACACACUGGCAAACCUGAUACGGGGAGAGCUGUUAGAGGACCAAAAAGUGCUUUUUGCUGCUUACAAGGUGGAGCAUCCGCUUUUUGCACAGUUUAAGAUGAGAAUCCAGACAGUGGAGGGCUACGACCCCAAAGAAGCGCUGAAGAACGCAUGCAACGGGAUAAUCUCGAAACUGGGCCAGUUGCAGUCGAACUUCGAGACAGAAUGGAAUCUGCAGACGCUCGCCUCCGAAGACAACUACGCCAUGUAG